AAGGAAUUGAACUUCAUUUUUGUUAGGGUUUACAAAAGAGGCGUGUUCUCUUUCUCAGUUUCUCUCUCGCAUCGGAACUCAGAAAUCAACAGCCAUGGCGUCCACCAAAGUUCAGAGAAUCAUGACACAACCCAUUAAUCUCAUUUUCAGGUUUCUUCAAAGUAAAGCCCGUAUCCAGAUAUGGCUUUUUGAGCAGAAGGACUUGAGGAUUGAAGGGCGUAUUAUAGGAUUCGAUGAGUAUAUGAAUUUGGUUUUGGAUGAAGCUGAGGAGGUCAAUGUAAAGAAGAAGAUCAAAAAGCCUCUUGGGAGGAUCCUUCUUAAAGGAGAUAAUAUCACCCUCAUGAUGAGCACGGGAAAGUGAGAUUUCAUUUCAUGGUUUGCUUGGAUCAAAAUAUAAUUUUUUUAGGUUCAAUUAAGUGAAGAAGAGUUGUUAUCUAGCAGAGACCAGCAGUUUCAUUUGAUGUUUUAUGUGUAUUUGUUAUCAGAUGAAAGAAUGAAACAAUGUUGAAAACAGUUUCGAAUGAUGAAUUGGCUUCCUGGUUUUUAAACAUCUGUACCCUUUUACUUGUCUUCAUAAAAUUGGCAAUAUUUGUUCAU